AAGCCGGAGCGCGGCGUCAUGGCGGACUCCAGAAGCGGCGUGCGGGCGUCCUUGCUGCAGUUGCAGGACUACUUGUCCGCCGCGGACCACGGCACCGCGGCCGUGGCCAGCUAUCAGCUGGUCCGCGGCCUGGGACAGGAGUGCGUGCUGAGUACCAGCCCCGCGGUGCAGGCAUUACAGACUUCCUUAAUUUUUUCCAAAGAUUUUGGUUUGCUUGUAUUUGUUCGAAAAUCACUUAACAUUGAUGACUUUCGUGAUUGUAGAGAAGAAGCCCUAAAGUUUUUAUGUGUUUUCUUAGAGAAAGUUGGCGAAAAGGUCAUGCCUUAUUCUCUUGAUAUUAAGAAUAUUUGUACCAGUGUUUAUACAAAAGACAGAGCCGCUAAAUGUAAAGUUCCAGCCCUAGAUCUUCUUAUUAAGUUAUUUCAGAUGCUGAGAAGUUCGAGACUCAUGGAUGACUUUAAGGUUGGAGAAUUAUUUAAUAAAUUCUAUAGAGAACUUGCAAUGAAAUCAAAAAUACCAGAUACAGUUUUAGAAAAAAUAUAUGAGUUCCUUGGAGUAUUAGGUGAAGUACAUCCUAGUGAGAUGAUAACUUAUUCAGAAAACUUGUUCCGGGCUUUUCUGGGUGAACUUAAGACCCAGAUGACAUCUACAGUACGAGAACCCAAACUUCCUGUUGUGGCUGGAUGUCUGAAGGGAUUGUCAUCACUUUUGUGCAACUUUACUAAGUCCAUAGAAGAAGAUCCUCAGACUUCAAAAGAGAUUUUUGAUUUUGCCCUAAAAGCAAUUCGUCCUCAGGUUGAUCUGAAGAGAUAUGCAGUACCCUUAGCUGGCCUACGUUUAUUUACGUUGCAUGCCUCUCAGUUUAGCACCUGCCUUCUGGACAACUAUGUUACUUUAUUUGAAGUACUGUCAAAGUGGUGCAGCCAUCUAAAUGUAGAACUGAAAAAAGCUGCACAUUCAGCCCUGGAAUCCUUUCUGAAACAGGUUUCUUCUAUGGUGGCAAAAGAUGCAGAGGUGCAUAAGAGUAUGCUGCAGUACUUUAUGGAUCAGUUCUAUGGAAUCAUUAGAAACAUGGAUUCAAACAACAAAGAGUUAUCCAUUGCUAUUCGUGGAUAUGGACUAUUUGCGGGACCUUGCAAGGUUAUAAAUGCAAAAGAUGUUGACUUCAUGUAUGUGGAGCUCAUUCAGCGCUGCAAGCAGAUGUUCCUCACCCAGACAGAAACUACUGAUGACCACGUUUAUCAGAUGCCCACUUUUCUCCAGUCUAUUGCAAGCGUCUUGCUCUACCUUGACACGGUUCCUGAGGUAUAUACUCCAGUUCUGGAACAUCUGAUGGUGGCACAGAUAGAUAAUUUUCCACAAUAUAGUCCAAAAAUGCAGUCGUUAUGCUGUAAAGCCAUAGUGAAAGUUUUCCUAGCCUUAGCAGAAAAAGGACCAGUUCUCUGGAAUUGCAUUAGUACUGUGGUGCAUCAGGGUUUAAUCAGAAUAUGCUCUAAACCAGUGCUCUUUCAAAAGGGUACUGAGUCUGAAUCUGAAGACCUUCGUGCCUCGGGGGAGGUUAGAACUGGCAAAUGGAAGGUGCCCACGUACAAGGACUAUGUGGAUCUUUUUAGACAUCUCUUGAGCUGUGACCAGAUGAUGGAUUUCAUUUUAGUAGAUGAAACAUUUCUCUUUGUGAAUUCAUCUCUUCAAAGUCUGAACCGUUUACUCUAUGAUGAAUUUGUAAAAUCAGUUUUGAAGAUCGUGGAGAAAUUGGAUCUUACAUUAGAAAAACAGACUCUUGGUGAACAAGAGGAUGGAACUGAAGCUGCUGGUAUUUGGGUGAUCCCUACCUCAGAUCCAGCUGCUAACUUGCAUCCCGCUAAACCUAAAGAUUUUUUAGCUUUCAUUAACCUGGUGGAGUUUUGCAGAGAGAUCCUCCCUGAGAAGCAAGUAAGAUAUUUUGAACCAUGGGUGUAUUCUUUUUCAUAUGAGUUAAUUUCACAGUCUACACGGUUACCACUUAUCAGUGGUUUCUACAAGUUGCUUUCUGUUGCAGUGAGAAAUGCCAAAAAAAUAAAAUACUUUGAGGGAGUAAGCCCAAAGAAUUUGAGACAGUCUCCUGAGGACCCAGAAAAAUAUUCUUGUUUUGCUUUAUUUGCAAAAUUUGGUAAAGAGGUAUCAGUUAAAAUGAAGCAAUACAAAGAUGAACUUUUGGCCUCCUGUUUGACAUUUGUUCUGUCCCUGCCACCCAACAUCAUUGAACUUGAUGUUAGAGCCUAUGUUCCUGCAUUGAAGAUGGCUUUUAAGCUGGGCCUGAGCUAUACACCACUGGCCGAAGUAGGAUUGAAUGCUCUUGAAGAAUGGUCAGUACACAUCCGAAAGCAUGUAAUUCAGCCUUACUACAAAGACAUUCUCCCCUCUCUUGAUGGAUACCUGAAAACUGCUACCUUAUCAGAUGAGACCAAGAAUAAAUGGGAAGUGUCAGCACUUUCUAAUGCUGCCCAGAAAGGAUUUAAUAAAGUUGUGUUAAAGCAUUUGAAAAGGACAAAGAACAUUUCAUCAAAAGAAGCACUGUCCUUAGAAGAAAUAAGAAUUAGAGUAGUACACAUGCUUGGAUUUCUAGGAGGACAAAUAAACAAACAUCUUGUGACAGCUGUAUCCGCAGAUGAAAUGAUGAAGAAGUGUGUGGCCUGGGACAGAGAGAAGAGACUCAGCUUUGCAAUACCAUUCAGAGAGAUGAAGCCUGUCAUUUAUUUGGAUGUAUUCUUGCCUCGAGUCACUGAAUUGGCUCUUUCAGCUAGUGAUAGACAAACUAAAGUGGCAGCUUGUGAAUUGUUACACAGCAUGGUCAUGUUUAUGUUGGGAAAAGCCACUCAGAUGCCUGAAAGUGGCCAGGAUUUCCCACCCAUGUACUGGCUGUACAAGCAUACUUUUCCUGUGCUGCUCCGCCUUGCAUGUGAUGUGGAUCAGGUAACAAGACAACUCUAUGAGCCACUUGUUAUGCAGCUGAUUCACUGGUUCACUAACAAUAAGAAAUUUGAAAGUCAGGAUACUGUUGCCUUACUAGAAGCCAUAUUGGAUGGUAUUGUGGACCCCAUUGAUAGCACUUUAAGAGAUUUUUGUGGUCGGUGUAUUCGAGAAUUCCUCAAGUGGUCUAUUAAGCAAACAACACCACAGCAACAAGAGAAGAGUCCAGUAAAUACCAAAUCGCUUUUCAAGCGGCUGUACAGCUUUGCACUUCAUCCUAAUGCUUUCAAAAGGUUGGGGGCAGCUCUUGCUUUUAAUAACAUCUACAGGGAAUUCAGGGAAGAAGAGUCUUUGGUAGAACAGUUUGUGUUUGAAGCAUUGGUGAUAUAUAUGGAAAGUUUGGCUCUGGCACAUGCAGAUGAGAAAUCCUUAGGUACAAUUCAGCAAUGCUGUGACGCCAUUGAUCACUUAAGGCGCAUCAUUGAAAAGAAGCACAUUUCUUUAAACAAAGCAAAAAAACGACGUUUGCCUCAAGGGUUUCCACCAUCAGCAUCAUUGUGCUUGUUGGAUCUUGUUCAGUGGCUUUUAACUCACUGUGGAAGACCCCAGACAGAAUAUCGACACAAGUCCAUAGAACUCUUUUACAAAUUAGUUCCUUUACUACCAGGCAACAAAUCCCCUUCUUCAUGGUUAAAGGAUAUUAUCAAAAAAGAAGGUACUUCUUUUCUCAUAAGCACAUUUGAGGGAGGAGGUGGCAGAAGUGACCAGAUGUCCGGUAUUCUUGCUCAGCCAACCCUCUUCCACUUGAGGGGCCCAUUUAGCCUGCGAACAGUCCUGCAGUGGCUGGAUCUGCUUCUGGCUGCACUGGAGUGCUACAACACAUUUAUUGAGGAGAAGACUGUGGAAGCUCAUGAGGUUCUAGGAGGUACUGAAUCACAGUCUUCACUCCUCAAGUCAGUGGCCUUCUUUUUAGAAAGCAUUGCUGCUCAUGAUAUCACAGCCGCUGAACAGUGCUUUGGCACAGGGGCAGCAGGCAACCAUCCCAGCCCACACGAGGAGGAGAAAUACAAGUAUAGCAAGUGUACUGUUGUCGUCCGAAUUAUGGAAUUUACUACAACCCUGCUCAGUACUUCCCCUGAAGGAUGGAAGUUCCUGGAGAAAGAUUUGUGUAAUGCAAACCUUAUGAAACUUUUAGUGAAAAUGCUGUGUGAGCCCUCAAGCAUAGGUUUCAAUAUUGGUGAUGUCCAGGUUAUGGAUAGUCUUCCCAGGAUAUGUGUGAACCUCAUGAAAGCACUGAGGAAGUCCCCAUACAGAGACAUUUUCGAGACUCACCUGAAAGAACAAAUGACAGCACAGAGUAUUGAGGAGCUCUGUUCCAUUGACUUAUGUGGUCCUGAUGCACACCUGGAGAGGACCAGGCUUAUGUCCAUAGUGUCAGCCUAUAAACAACUUCACAAAGCUGGCUUCUUGCUUCUUAUAUUACCAUCUCAGUCUACAGAUGUUUGUCAUAAUGUUGGUACAAGACUUCUUUCCCUGGUUUAUAAAGGCAUUGCAUCUGGCGAGGAAAGACGGUGCCUCCCAUCACUGGACCCCAGCUGUGUACGUCUCGCCACUGGACUUCUGGAGCUGGCCUUCUGUUUUGGAGGACUGUGUGAGCACCUUGUAAGUCUUCUCUUGAGUCCAGCAACAUUGUCCACACUAUCCUUGAGCAGCUCACAGAGAAGCAUCACCAGCUUCUUCCAUGGAGAGUAUUUCUAUAGCUUAUUCUCAGAAACUAUCAAUGCUGAACUGUUGAAGAAUCUUGAUAUUGCUGUGUCAGAGCUCAUGAAAUCAUCAGUGCAUAAUCCCAAAAUGGUGAGUGCUGUUUUAAAUGGUAUGUUAGAUCAGAGCUUCAGGGAUCGAGCUAUUCAGAAACACCAGGGACUGAAGCUUGCAACUACAAUUCUGCAAAACUGGAGAACGUUUGAUUCAUGGUGGGCCGGGGAUUCUGCUCCAGAAAGCAAAAUGGCAGUGCUGACGUUACUGGCAAAAAUUUUACAGAUCGAUUCAUCUGUGUCUUUUAAUACAAAUCACAGCUUAUUUCCUGAAGUCUUUGCAACAUACACUAGUAUACUUUCUGAUUCAAACUUGGAUCUACACUUAAAGGGUCAAGCUGUAAUUCUUCUUCCAUUCUUCACCAACAUGACUGGCAGCAGUCUGGAAGACCUAAAGCAUGUUAUCGAGAAGCUCAUUGUUUCCAAUUUCCCUAUGAAAUCUGAUGAAUUUCCUCCAGGAACUCUGAAGUACAACAGUUAUGUGGACUGCAUAAAAAUGUUUUUAGAUGCAUUGGAAUUAUCUCAAAGUCCAGUUUUGUUACAAUUGAUGACAGAAAUUCUUUGUCGGGAACAGAAACAUGUUAUGGAAGAAUUAUUUCAAACCACUUUCAAAAAGAUUGCCAGGAGGAGUUCUGGUGUUACACAAUUAAGUCUUCUGGAAAGCGUGUAUAGAAUGUUCCGGAAGGAUGACUUGCUUUCAAACGUCACUCGCCAAGCAUUUGUAGAUCGUUCUCUCCUUACCCUGUUGUGGCACUGCAAUCUGGAUGUUCUAAGAGAAUUCUUUAGCAAAAUUGUGGUGGAUGCCAUUGAUGUGUUGAAGUCCAGGUUCACAAAGCUAAGUGAAUCUAUGUUUGACACUCAAAUCACCAAGAAGAUGGGCUAUUAUAAGAUAAUAGAUGUGAUGUAUUCUCGUCUUCCAAAAGAUGAUGUUCACUCUAAGGAUUCCAUAAUUAAUCAAGUUUUCCAUGGCUCCUGUAUUACAGAAGGAAAUGAACUUACAAAGACACUUAUUAAGUUAUGCUAUGAUACAUUUACGGAGAAUAUGGCAGGAGAGAGCCAGUUGCUGGAGAGGAGACGACUUUACCAUUGUGCUGCAUACAACUGUGCCAUUUCUGUUAUCUGCUGUGUCUUCAAUGAAUUGAAAUUUUACCAAGGUUUUCUGUUUAGUGAAAAACCAGAAAAGAACUUGCUUAUUUUUGAAAAUCUGAUAGACUUGAAGCGCUGUUACACAUUUCCUAUAGAAGUUGAGGUUCCCAUGGAAAGAAAGAAAAAGUAUUUUGAAAUUAGGAAAGAAGCCAGGGAGGCGGCAAAUGGAGGUUCAGAUGGUCCUCAUUAUAUUUCUUCCUUGUCAUAUAUGGAAGACAGUAGCCUGAGUGAGGAAAUGAGUCAAUUUGAUUUCUCAACUGGAGUUCAGAGCUAUUCCUACAGCUCCCAAGACCCUAAAUCUACUAUUGGUCAUUUUCGGACACGAGAACGACAAGACCCUAAGAUCCAAGAUGAUGUUUUGGAGUUAGAAAUGGAUGAGCUCAAUCAGCAUGAAUGUAUGGCAAACAUGACAGCACUGAUUAAGCACAUGCAGAGAAACCUGACACCCAAAGGAGAAGAGGGUUCAGUGUCAAAAGAUUUUCCUCCUUGGAUGAAAUUUAUUCAUGAUAAACUAGGAAAUUCAACAGUACCGUUAAAUAUCCGUCUCUUCUUAGCCAAGCUUGUUAUUAAUGCAGAAGAGGUCUUUCGCCCUUAUGCAAAGCACUGGCUUAGCCCCUUGCUGCAGCUGGCUGUUUCUGAAAACAAUGGAGGAGAAGGAAUUCACUACAUGGUGGUUGAAAUAGUAGCUACUAUUCUCUCAUGGACAGGCUUGGCUACUCCUACAGGGGUCCCUAAAAAUGAAGUAUUAGCAAAUCGUUUGCUUCAUUUCCUAAUGAAACAUGUCUUUUAUCCAAAAAGAGCUGUGUUUAGACAUAACCUUGAAAUUAUAAAAACUGUUGUGGAAUGCUGGAAAGAGUGUCUCUCAAUUCCUUACAGGCUAAUAUUUGAAAAGUUUUCCAGCCAGAACACUAAUUCUAAAGACAAUUCCAUAGGGAUUCAGUUAUUAGGCAUUGUAAUAGCCAAUAAUUUGCCUCCCUAUGACCCAAAGUGUGGCAUAGAGAGUAUUGAAUACUUUCAAGCUUUGGUUAAUAAUAUGUCUUUUGUAAAAUAUAAAGAGGUAUAUGCAGCAGCAGCAGAAGUCCUAGGACUUGUUCUUCAAUAUAUGUUUGAAAGAAAAAAUGUGCUAGCAGAGUCGAUACAUGAACUGGUUGUAAAACAAUUGAAACAACAUCAAAAUACUAUGGAAGACAAAUUUAUUGUGUGCUUGAACAAAGUAGUAAAGGGCUUCCCUCGCCUUGCUGACAGAUUCUUGAAUGCUGUAUUCUUUCUCUUGCCAAAAUUUCAUGGAAUAAUGAAGACACUUUGUCUAGAGGUAAUAUGUUGUCGUGCAGAGGAAAUAACAGACCUGUACUUCCAGCUGAAGAGCAAGGACUUUUUUCAAGUCAUGAGACAUAGAGAUGAUGAAAGACAAAAAGUGUGUUUGGACAUAAUUUAUAAGAUAAUGGCAAAAUUAAAACCAGUAGAACUCCGAGAACUUCUGAACCCUAUCAUGGAAUUUGUCUCCCAUCCUUCUCCAAUGUGUAGGGAACAAAUGUAUAACAUUGUCAUGUGGAUUUAUGAUAAUUACAGAGAUCCAGAAAGUCAAAUGGAUGGUGACUCCCAGGAAAUACUUAAAUUGGCCAAAGAUGUGUUGAUUCAAGGAUUGAUUGAUGAGAACCUUGGGCUUCAAUUAAUUAUUCGGAAUUUCUGGAGCCAUGAAACCAGAUUACCAUCAAAUACCUUGGACCGAUUAUUGGCACUAAAUUCUUUAUAUUCUCCUAAGAUUGAAGUUCACUUUUUAAGUUUAGCAACAAAUUUUCUUCUUGAAAUGACCAGGAUGAGCCCUGAUUAUCUGAACCCCAUAUUUGAGCAUCCUCUGUCAGAGUGCGAAUUUCAGGAGUGUACCAUUGAUCCUGACUGGCGCUUCCGAAGUACUGUUCUCACUCCGAUGUUUAUUGAGACCCAGGCUUCUCUGAGCACCCCCCAGACCCAAACCCAGGAAGGCUUCCUCCAAACUCGAGGGCCAAAGACUGGACAAGUACGAGCCACCCAACAGCAAUAUGAUUUUACUCCUACACAAACUACAGAUGGAAGAAGUUCAUUUAAUUGGCUUACUGGAAGCAGCAUUGACCCACUGGCAGAUUACACAGUGUCCUUGUCAUCUGAUUCCUCGUCUUCCUCCUUGCUGUUUACCCACAAGAGGAGUGAAAAGUCACAGAGAGUAUCUUGGAAGCCAGUAGGACCUGAUUUUGGGGAAAAAAAGCUGAACCUUCCUGGAGAUGAGGUGGAUAACAAAGCAAAUGGUGGUACAGACAGCCGGGCAGAAAUACUGAGAUUACGCAGACGAUUUUUAAAGGACCGAGAAAAACUUAGUAUGAUUUAUGCCAGGAAAGGCCUUGAUGAACAAAAACGAGAGAAGAGAAGAUCUAGGUUAGAAGAGAUAGUAGAAGAAAGCCUCAAUGGCAAGAGAAUACUGAAAAGGAAAGCAGCUGAUAAGGGGAAAACAGCUGGACAGAUUUCAGCAGGGAUGGGCAAGGCUAAGAAGAUGUUCCAUCUGGUUGGAGGUUUGCCAUUGCUGAAGGAAAUCAGUUGUCAACAUGCAGACUUGCUGAAUCUUGAUCCAGCUGCCAUUCGUGCCAGCUGCCUGGCCAGUCUGCAGCAGCCUGGGGGUAUCUGCCUUCUUGAGCAAGCACUGCUCCAGCUGAUGCCUCCAGAGCGCCCCACCAAACGCAUCCGGGGCAAGUCUCAGCUUCCUCCCGAUGUUCUCCGGUGGAUGGAACUUGCCAGGCUGUAUAGAUCGAUUGGAGAGUAUGACGUACUCCGUGGGAUUUUUAGCACUGAGAUAGGAACAAAAAAGGACAGUCAGAAUGCGUUAUUAGCCGAAGCCAGAAGUGAUUAUUCUGGAGCUGCUAAACAGUACAAUGAGGCUCUCAAUAAACAAGAGUGGGAAGAUGGUGAGCCCACGGAGGCUGAGAAGGACUUUUGGGAAAUGGCAGCCCUCGACUGCUACAACCACCUCUCAGAGUGGAAAUCACUUGAGUACUGCUCUACAGCCAGUGUAGACAGUGAGAGCCCUCCCGACCUAAGUAAAAUCUGGAGUGAAGCGUUUUAUCAGGAGACCUAUCUACCGUACAUGAUUCGCAGCAAGCUGAAACUCCUGCUUCGAGGAGAGGGAGACCAGUCCUUGCUGACGUUUAUGGAUCAGGCCAUGCGCAAGGAGCUGCAGCAGCUUCUCCUAGAGGUUCAGUACAGUCAGGAGUUGAGUCUUCUCUACAUAUUGCAAGAUGAUGUUGACAGGGCCAAAUAUUAUAUUGAAAAUGGCAUUCAGAUUUUUAUGCAGAAUUAUUCUAGUAUUGAUGUUCUCUUACAUAGAAGUAGACUUGCAAAAUUACAGUCUAUACAAACAUUAACAGAAAUUCAGGAGUUCAUCAGCUUUAUCAGAAAAGAAGGUAAUUUAUCAUCUCAAGUUGCCCUUAAGAGACUUCUAAAAACGUGGACAAACAGGUACCCGGAUGUUAAAAUGGACCCCAUGAACAUCUGGGAUGAUAUUAUCACAAAUAGGUGUUUCUUUCUCAGCAAACUAGAGGAGAAGCUGGCCAUUCCAGAUCAUCACAGUAUGGAUGAAGAUACUGAUCCCAGUGACGGGGCAGAAGCGUACAAGCCAGAGGAAGAUGCUCGUUCCUUGAUGCAGAGCUGCAGGUUCUCCAUGAAAAUGAAGAUGGUAGAAAGUGCACAAAAACAGAGCAAUUUUGCACUUGCCAUGAAACUGCUGAGGGAGCUACAUAAGGAAUCCAAAACAAGAGACGACUGGCUGGUGAAGUGGGUGCAGAGCUACUGCCAGCUGAGCUACUGCCGGAGCCGCACCCAGAGUGCCCCCACGCAGGUCCUCACCGUCCUGAAAACCGUUUCACUGUUGGAAGAGAACAACACAUCAAGCUACUUAAGCAAAAAUGUUCUGGCUUCCUGUGAUCAGAACAUUCUCUUGGGUACCACUUACAGGAUCAUGGCUGAUGCUCUCAGCAAGGAGCCAGCCUGUCUUGCUGACAUUGAGGAGAGCAAGGCUAGACGGAUCUUGGAGCUUUCUGGAUCCAGUACAGCAAGUACAGAGCGGGUGAUCACAGGUCUGAACCAGAAAGCAUUCUAUCACCUCACCAAGGCUGUGCAGUCGGUGGAGGAGGAGGCCCAGGUGUCCUCCUGGGCCCAUGGACCUGUGACUGGGAUGACCAGCGCUUAUAUGAUGCUGGCUGAUUUCUGUGACCAGCAGCUCCGCAAAGUGGAAGAAAAUGCAUCCAGUGACUGUCAAAAGAAAAAAUCAAUUACAGAUUCUGUAGAACUGGAGACUUAUCCAGCACUUGUGGUGGAGAAAAUGUUGAGAGCUUUAAAAUUAAAUUCCACUGAAGCCAGACUCAAGUUUCCUAGACUACUUCAGAUCAUAGAACUGUAUCCAGAGGAGACCUUGAGCAUAAUGACAAAAGAGAUGUCUUGCAUUCCUUGCUGGCAGUUCAUUGGCUGGAUCAGCCACAUGGUGGCGCUACUGGACAAAGAGGAAGCUGUGGCAGUGCAGCCUACUGUGGAAGAGAUUGCCAAUCACUACCCACAAGCAAUCGUCUAUCCUUUCAUAAUAAGCAGUGAAAACUAUUCCUUUAAAGAUACUUCUGCUGGUCAUAAGAAUAAGGAGUUUGUGGCAAGGAUCAAAAGUAAGUUAGAUCAAGGAGGAGUGAUUCAAGAUUUCAUUAAUGCUUUAGAACAGCUCUCCAAUCCUGAUCUUCUCUUUAAGGACUGGGUUGCUGAUACAAAAGAUGAAUUAGGAAAAAUUCCUGUAAAUCAAAAAAACAUUGAAAAACUUUAUGAAAGAAUGUAUGCAGCUUUGGGCAACCUGAAGUCGCCAGGCCUAGGCCCCUUUAGAAGGCGAUUCAUUCAGUUUUUGCUAGAGCAGGGGCCCACACAGUUUCUCAUUAAACACUUGCAUUUUCAGCUCUGCAGGUCAUGUCAAUAUGAUGGCAAGGGAAAGCCACUGCCUGAAUACCAUGUACGGAUCUCUGGGUUUGAUGAACGGGUAAAAGUAAUGGCUUCCUUGAGAAAACCGAAGCGCAUCAUCAUCCGAGGCCAUGAUGAGAAGGAGUACCCUUUCCUUGUGAAGGGAGGUGAGGACCUUCGGCAGGACCAGCGCAUCGAGCAGCUUUUCCAGGUCAUGAAUGUCAUCCUCUCCCGGGAUGCUGCUUGCAGUCAAAGAAACAUGCAGUUAAAGACGUACCAUGUUGUACCCAUGACCUCCAGAUUAGGAGUAAUUGAAUGGAUUGAAAAUACUCUGACCUUGAAGGAACUUCUUUUGAAUAACAUGUCCCAAGAGGAAAAAGCCGCUUACAUGAGUGAUCCCAAAGCACCAGUUUUUGAGUAUAAAGAUUGGCUGACAAAGAUGUCAGGGAAACGUGAUAUUGGAGCUUAUAUACAAAUGUAUAGGGGAGCUAAUCGAACAGAAACAGUCAUGGCCUUUAGAAAAAGGGAAAGUAAAGUGCCAGCUGAUCUGUUAAAGAGGGCCUUUGUGAAGAUGAGCACAGGCCCAGAGGCCUUCCUCGCACUGCGCUCCCACUUCGCCAGCUCUCAUGCACUGCUGUGUGUCAGCCACUGGCUCCUGGGGAUUGGAGACAGACACCUGAAUAACUUCAUGGUGGCCAUGGAGACAGGUGGUGUGAUUGGAAUAGACUUUGGGCAUGCAUUUGGAUCAGCUACACAGUUUCUCCCAGUUCCUGAGUUGAUGCCUUUCCGUCUUACACGCCAAUUUAUCUAUCUGAUGUCACCAAUGAAAGAAACAGGUCUUGUGUACAGUGUCAUGGUCCAUGCACUGAGGGCCUUCCGCUCAGACGCAGACCUGCUUAGUAACACCAUGGAUGUGUUUGUCAAGGAGCCCUCCUUUGACUGGAAAAAUUUUGAACAAAAAAUGUUGAAGAAAGGAGGAUCAUGGAUUGAAGAAAUAAAUAUAACUGAAAAGAACUGGUAUCCUCGACAGAAAAUAUGUUAUGCUAAGAGAAAGUUAGCAGGUGCCAAUCCAGCAGUUAUUACAUGUGAGGAGUUACUUCUGGGCCAUGAGAAGUCACCUGCCUUUGGGGGCUACACAGCUGUAGCUCGAGGAAGCAGAGAGCACAACAUCCGUGCCCAAGAGCCAGACAGUGGACUUUCAGAAGAGACUCAAGUGAAGUGUUUGAUGGACCAGGCCACAGACCCCAAUAUUCUUGGAAGAACUUGGGAGGGAUGGGAGCCCUGGAUGUGAGGUCUGUGGGAACGUGACAGCAAUAAAGCAAUAAGUUUGGGCUGGGAAGGUGGCUCAGUGGUAGAGCGCUUGCCUUGCAUGCAUGAGGCCCUGGGUUCAAUU